UUCAAAGUUAUCCCCGUAAUCAAAGAGAUAUGUUAUAGACAAGGAAGAAAAAAAUAGAGACAAAGAAAAAGGUAGAGAAACAUAGGAGGAGUUAACAGAAACGAUAACGAACAUGUUGUUUUCAUUCAUUCUGAUUACUCUGAGUAUUUUGUGUUAUUAUCUUUACGAAGCUCUAUGGUUAAAGCCCGAGAAGCUCAGAAAUAAGCUGAGAAAUCAAGGAAUCGUGGGACCACCACCAUCAUUUUUAUCCGGUAAUGUUUCUGAUAUGAUGAGAAUCAAGUCAAUGGCUGCUGUGUCUUCUAAUAAUCAAAGUUCAUCAUCAUUAUCUUUCACAGAUGAUUAUAUGACUUCACUAUUUCCUCAUUUUGAGCAGUGGAGAAAGGAGUAUGGUACAAUAUUUACGUAUGCAACUGGUAAUGUUCAACAUUUGUAUGUGGGAGACCCUAAUUUAGUUAAGGAAAUAAGUCUAUGUCAAACAUGGGCAUUAGGUAAGCCUUUGUAUCUGCAUAAAGAAAUUGGUCCUUUAUUUGGGAAUGGAGUUGUAAGGUCUAAUGGGCAAAUUUGGGCACACCAGAGAAAAACCAUUGCACCAGAAUUCUUCACUGACAAGGUCAAGGGUAUGGUGGGGAUAAUGGUGGACUCUACUGUGCCAGUGUUGAGAUUAUGGGAGGAUGAAAUUGCAAAGCAGGGAGGCAUUGCUGAGCUAAGAGUCGAUAUUGAUCUGACAAACAUAUCAGCAGAUAUAAUCUCAAAAGCAUGUUUUGGGAGUUCUUAUUCCAAAGGAAGAGUGAUAUUUUCAAAGCUUAGAGAACUUGUAAAGGCUAUGUCUCAAACCGGCUUACUUGUUAAAAUUCCUGCUCUCAGAUAUCUUCCAACAAAAAACAACAGAGAAGUUUGGAGACUAGUGAAAGAAAUUCGAAAACUAAUCUUAAAUGUUGCGAAAAAUCGAAGACAAGAAUCCAUUCCAGAGAGGGACCUGUUACACAUGAUUCUUGAGGGUGCUAAUAAUCUUGGGGAAGAAACUGCAAAUGAUUUCAUUGUAGACAACUGCAAGAACAUAUACAUUGCUGGUCACGAAACGGUUGCAUCUGUUGCUACGUGGGCAUUGUUGUUUCUUGCUUCACAUCCACAAUGGCAAACUCUCGCUCGAGAAGAGGUGUUACAACUGGUUCCCGAAGGAUGUCUUCCGGAUGCAGAAAUGUUGCACAAGAUGAAGAUAUUAACCAUGGUGGUUCAAGAAACAUUGCGCCUUAUGCCUCCAACAUCGCUAAUCGCAAGGGAGGUGUUUGAAGAUGUGCAAUUUGGAGACAUCAUCAAUAUCCCUAAAGGCAUCAAUUUUUGGAUUCCAAUAUCUACACUUCACAGAAACCUGGAGAUUUGGGGGCCUGAUGCAAACGAGUUUAAACCAGAGAGGUUUGCUAAUGGCAUAUUAGGUGCAACCAAGGUACCACAUGCAUACAUACCGUUUGGGCUCGGACCUCGUACGUGUUUGGGACAAAAAUUUGCUAUAGCUGAGCUGAAGAUAAUGAUAUCGCUUAUACUUGUGAAAUUCUGUUUCUCUUUAUCUCCUAAUUAUAAACAUUCUCCUGCAUUUACUAUUGUCAUUGUUCCUAAACAUGGAUUGCAGCUACUAGUAAAGAAAUUUAGCAGGAAUUGCAAAGAAUAGUACCUUUUCUAUACCGGGUUUUAUUCUUGGUUAUGCAUUAAUUUGAUGUACUGUCA